CUCUUCGCCUCCCAGGUUUCGUUGUGACUCAGCUGGUGACGUCGUGCGGCAGCGACGGUCACUCCAUGGCUCUGACGGAGAGCGGCGAGGUCUUCAGCUGGGGGGACGGCGACUACGGAAAGCUGGGCCACGGGAACAGCGACCGCCAGCGCCGGCCGAGGCAGAUCGAGGCGCUGCAGGGAGAGGAGGUGGUGCAGAUGUCCUGUGGGUUCAAACACUCCGCGGUGGUGACGGCUGAUGGAAAGCUCUUCACGUUCGGGAACGGUGAUUACGGCAGACUGGGUUUAGGAAACACCUCCAACAAGAAGCUGCCGGAGAAAGUCACCGCUCUGGAGGGCUACCAAGUCGGACAG